UUCAGAAACAUGGAUCUUGUUUCCUUACCUCUGUUUCUUACCAUCUUUUUCAUUAUUAUGCUCCUAACAUUGGGAGCAAACUUCAGAAAAAAGAAAUCUCAAACACCCAAACUUCCACCGGGACCAUGGAAACUACCUCUAAUUGGAAACUUGCAUCAACUUGUUGGCCGUGUACCUCACCGUGUCCUAACCGACAUGGCGAGAAAAUACGGACCAAUUAUGCACAUUCAAUUAGGCGAAGUUUCCACAGUUGUCGUCUCCUCGCCGGAGAUGGCAAAAGAAGUGAUGAAAACUCAUGACAUCAACUUCGCGACGAGGCCUCCGAUAAUGGCAACGGAGAUAAUGGCUUACAAUACAUCCAAUAUAACUUUUGCUCCCUACGGGGACUACUGGAGACGAUUGCGCAAAAUGUGUGCAUCGGAGCUUUUAAGUCAGAGUCGGGUACAGUCAUUUCGACAUUUACGGGAGGAAGAAACUUCAAAUUUGAUAAGAUGGAUCGCUAGUAAUGAAGGAUCGGUGAUUAAUCUUACUGAGAAGAUUAAUUCAUCCACUUAUGCAUCCGCUUCCAGGGCAGCUUUUGGCAACAAAAGCCCCAAACUAGAGACAUUCAUACACACCGUCCUCGAAUUUACGAAAUUGGCAUCAGGAUUCAAUAUUGGUGAUGCGUACCCUUCUAUCAAGUUCCUUCAUGUGAUCAGUGGGAUGAAGUCUAAGCUGAUGAAACAUCUUAAGGUAACAGACAGCAUACUUCAUGCCAUCUUAAACGAGCACAAGGUUUCAGGCCUCUUUGCCAAGACUGAAAAUCCUGAUCAAGCCCACAAAGAUUUCGUGGAUGUUUUGUUGCAGUAUCAUGAGGACGAGAACGCUGAAUUUUCCAUGACUAACGACAACAUCAAAGCGGUUCUUCUGGAUGCUUUUAUAGCUGGAGGUGGUACAUCAGCCAAGACUUUAAACUGGGCAAUGACCGAACUGGUAAGGAAUCCAAGAAUCAUGGAGAAGGCGCGUAAUGAAGUAAGAGAAGUUUUCAAGAAUAAAGGGCGGGUAGAUGAAACCUGUUUUGAUCAACUCAAGUACUUGAAAUUAGUCAUAAAGGAGACAUUAAGGUUACAUCCACCAGGACCUCUAUUGCUUCCUAGGAUAAGCAAUGAGAAAUGCAUAAUCAAUGGAUAUGAAAUUCCAGCAAAAACAAAACUCCUCGUCAAUGCAUUUGCCAUCAAUAGGCAUCCCUCAUACUGGGAAGAUGCUGAAACAUUUUACCCGGAGAGAUUUCUUGGUAGCCCGAUAAAUUAUAAGGGAAAACAUUUUGAAUAUAUCCCAUUUGGAGCUGGGAGAAGAAUGUGUCCUGGAAUUCUACUUGGUCUGGUAAAUGUUGAGCACUUACUCGCGAAAUUUCUUUAUCAUGUUGACUGGAAGUUACCCAAUGGAAUGAAACCCGAAGACAUGGAUAUGACUGAAGAUUUUGGGCUCGCAUUGACCAGGAAAGAUGAUCUCUAUUUGAUUCCGAUGGUCAAAAACCCUCCUCCGGUUUGAAUGAUUGUGUACAAUAAUAAAUAGCUUCUACUCCCAAAUUAGCUUUUACUUUCCAAACUAAAAAAUCCUUGUGAUUUGUCCUCGAAAUAACUCAGUUUUUUUUUUUUGUCAUUACAAAACACGAAAUUCAAUCUUCGUAGCUAUUUUUACUAUAAUGUCAUGAUCUACGAUUUCCACCGGAUGAUUGAUCAUUCUGUAACUGAUUAAUGAAUUCAGUAUUUGUAAUUCCGUAUUAACCAUUAUGAAUUAAGC